GGUUCUAGAGGAGCGCCACCUUUAGGUAUCUUUUUGAAACAAGCAAGCGGUGUGGUUGGAUUUGUUAUUAAUAAAUUAUAUAGAAUUUAUCAACAAAAAUGAAUUCCAUUCGCAUAGUAUUACAAAAAAAUGUACAUCAAUUACGACAAUUUCACAAAUGCAUUGCUCUGUGCCAAACUGAAGCUUCUGCUGCAGUUGCAGAAAAAAUGACAAUUCCAGUACCUGAAGGAGUUGACAAACCAGUCAGUGCUAAAAUUGACAAAAUUGCAAAUGAAAUUUCUGCAUUAAAUUUAAUUGAAGUCGCAGAAUUGAGUGAUGUUUUGAAAAAACGAUUAAAUCUUCCUGAUGCACCUGUUAUGCCAAUGGGUGGUUUUCAAGUAGCUCCGCAGAAAGAAGAUGAAGAAGUUGAAGCUCCAAAAACCGUACAAACUGCAUUUACAAUUAAACUAACAAGUUUUGAGGACAGUAAAAAAGUUACACUUAUCAAGGAAAUUAAAGCUCUUCUUCCUGGAACAAAUCUCGUUCAGGCUAAAAAGUUUGUUGAAAGUGUCCCUGUUGUUGUAAAAAGUGAUAUAUCAAAAGAAGAAGCUGAACAAUUAAAAGAAGCGUUAGCCAAAGCUGGCGGUGUAUCCGAAAUUUCAUAAGUAUAAGUUGUUUUUGUUAACUUACAUUUUAUUCUACUUGUGUUUAUAGUAUCAAAAAAAAAAAUUGUAUAAUAAAGUUAGAAACAAAUACAUUUUUUCUAUAUACACUAA